AGGUCAGGAGGGGAGGUAGUUGCCGCAUAGCCGUGUGGGAAUUGUAGUUCUGAUAACAGCCCCGGGCUGUUUGGUGGGACGGGACAGUGAACGAUACUAAACUACAGCUCCCGAGUGCUGUUGGGGGAAGACUCGGGAGCGGGAGGCUCGGGACGGCUCCUCGCUCCCACGCUUCUCCGGGAUACAGAGAAGGGUCGCAGAGACUAGAGCCCGAAGUCUGAGCGGGCGUUUCUUCACGGCGUGAGACGCGGACUCUGCCCCUAUGCGGGAGGCCCGGGAGGAAUCCGACCUGGAGCGAUAUCAGAGAAGCCUUCGAGACCGUGCUAGUAAAAGUAUCCAUCAACUGAAAUAUGCCUUGGUGGAAGGAGAUCCCACAGCGGGAGAAAGUGAAGUUGCAUUUGACCAGUCCUCCACAGGUAAUGAUGAGAGUUGGGAAACGGCCUGGCAGGAACUGCAGCACAAUCAUGCAGUUAAUCAGCUUAAAGCUUUAUUGCGGGAGCAAGAAGGACUAGAAAGUGAAGUAUCUCCAUCAAGGAGGAGGAGGAUGUCACCCUCAAGAACUUCAGAAGCUGCAGAUCAGAGUUUGCCUACGCUUUGUGAUCUUGUUCCUAUCAUUAAUGAUCAGUCCCAGUACAUUCACCACUUAGAAGCUGAAGUGAAGUUUUGCAAGGAGGAGUUGUCUGGGAUGAAAGAUCGGAUACGAGUAGUUGUGCUUGAAAAUGAGAAACUCCAUGAGGAAAUGAAAUCUCUAACUGUAGAGCAGACGUUGAGAGAACAAACUCUUUUGGAUGCUUCAGCAAAUGUUCGGAACUCCUGGACUGUAGGAGGUGAUGAUUCUUAUUUAUGUCAACCUGCCAAGUCAUCACCAUCACAUAAUAAAGAACAGGUUUUGGCCACAAGAGACACUGCAGAAACAGAAAAAUGGCAGCUAGAAUUGGAGAAGCUAAAACUUCUUUAUCAAGAAAGGACUGAUACACUUGAAGCUCAAGUACGGUCUCUAAGAAAAGACUUAUCUGUAUCUGAGAAGAACUGUGAAGAUCUAAAAGGAAGAUUAAAACACCAAGAAUCACUUAUUGCAACCAGUAAUUACAACCGGGUUGGUGGUCUUUGCCUGAAAUGUGCACAACAUGAGGCUGUUCUUUCUCAGACUCAUUCCAAUGUCCACAUGCAUACCAUUGAAAGGUUAACAAAAGAAAGAGAUGACUUAAUGAGUGCACUUGUUUCAGUAAGAAGGAACCUGAGUGAGAUGCAGCAAAGGGAAUCUAGUGCUUAUGAACAAGUAAAACAAGCUGUUCAAAUGACUGAAGAAGCCAAUUUAGAAAAAAUGAAGGCUCUAGUCCAGUGUGAACAGCUGAAAAGUGAGAUGGAAAGACAGAAAGAUCGCCUUGAAAGGGAGCUAAUUGCUCAACUAGAUAAGAGGGCCGGUGAAAAAGAAGCCCUGCGAGGAGAAAUGAAGAAAGAAAGAGAGGACUUGGCAUCAACGGUGAUGGUUUUGUCUCAGAAUGUGGCGACGCUGGAGGCUCGGUUAGAGAGAAUUACAAGAGAGAAGAACUCAAUAGCUAACCAGCUAGAGGAAGCCCAAAACCAACUUACCUCUCAGGAGAUGGAAGUUAAUAAGGUGUGUGGAGAAAUGCGUUUUCAGUUGAAUCAAACCAAAAUGAAGAAGGAUGAGGCAGAAAAGGAGCACAGAGAGUACAGAACAAAAACUAUAAGGGAGCUUGAAAUUAAGGACCAGGAAAUAGAGAAAUUGGGAUUAGAGCUGAAUGAGAACAAACUGCGUUUGGAACAAGCACAGCAGGAUGCAGCAAGAGCCAAAGAUGAGUGCCUAAAACUGACAGAACUGCUGGGUAAAUCUGAGCACCAACUGCACCUCACCAGAUUGAAGAAAGAAAGUAUUCAGCACAGUUUUAGCAAUGAAGCAAAGACCCGAGCCCUUCAGGCAGAGCAAAGAGAGCAGGAGCUGACACAGAAGAUGCAACAAAUGGAGGCCCAGCAUGAUAAAACUGUGAAUGAACUGGAUUCUUUGCUGACCUCCCAGAAUACAUUCAUAGCAAAAUUAAAGGAGGAAUGUUGUAUGUUGGCAAGGAAGCUGGAACAUGUAACAGAAAAAAACAGGUCUGAAGUCAGCCAGCUUAGUCAGGAAAAUGAGUACUUUCAUGAUAGGCUGGAGAAGAUGCAGAAAAGAAAUGAUGAAUUGGAAGAACAGUGUAUCCAGCAUGGGAGAAUGCAUGAGAGAAUGAAGCUGAGGUUACACCAGCUUGAUAAGCAUUGCCAAACCACUGCCCAGCAGCUAGUGGAGUUACUCAACAAACAGAAUCAGCUCUUCAGAGAGAGGCAGAUGCUAACAGAGGAGGUGCAGUUCCUGCGCACACAGGCAGAUAGAGGCAUGAAGCUCAUACGUGGAUGCUGAUGGGGACAAGAUACAGACUAACACGGCUGCUACUCUGAAACUUGUCAUUCGAAAUGCCUUCCAAAUCUGAGAGGGACAAGGUACAGCGCAUGCUUUCAGAAGUCUUAAAAGAGCAACACUGUGAUGUGGAAACUACAGAAUCCAAACCACCAAAAAUGAAAAUCCAACUUCCUCCUGGUGGCAUCUGACUCAGAUGAUGAAAAUGAACAUGCAUCGGGCCAAAGUGCUUUGGAUCGUUAUCAUGCAGAAUCUGUCAUCAGCAUGGACACGUCUUCUGGAAUGGUAGCUGAAGCAUCAAAGGAUAUAUGAAUCUUUAGUGUAUCUAUCAUGUAAAUAUCUUGCAAUGCCAGCUACAACAGUGCUAUGAGAACACCUGACCUCACUUUCAGGUGACGUUUUAAACAAGAAGCAGGUAGCAUUAUCUUCUGCAAACUUACACAAACCUGUUUGUCUGAGUGAUUGGCUGAACAAGACUAAUUGGCCUUGUAGGCUUUAAAGUUUUACAUUUUUAUUUUUGAAUGCAGGUUUUAUGGUACAUAAUUCUACAGUUGUAAGUUAGACUUUCACGAAAAAGAGAGUGCACUACAGUACUUGUAUUAGGUGAAUUGAAAAAUACUAUUUAGUUUUUACAGAGCAAGUAUUGGUAAUAAAAUGAGCACUGUGCACUUCUUAUUCUGUGUUGUAACAAUAUAUUUUUGGAUGUUUUCUACAUUUUCAAGUAUUUAAAUAAAUGGUAUUCUAUUAUUGUUUAACAAUGCAAUUAAUCGUACUGUUAAUUUUUUUAAUCACCUGUCAAAUGACAUGUAAACUAGGGCUGUCAACAUGUAAAUCAUCUCACUCUUGGACAGCUUGGUCACACUGGUACCAAUAAUGCUAAACUACCUAUAUUCAUAUUCCCGAGUAUACACUACUUUUUGUGCUGUAAAUUCAAUCCAGCUUUUUAAAAUGGCUAGUUACAUUUUAAUCCGGUUACACAAGUGAGGAAAACAAAAAUUGAGUAUUACAUUCAGCAUCUGUAUUUGGUAUUUGCCUUAACAGACAAGUUACUUCCAUUACACUCUAACCCUAUGUUAAUAUGUCCCUUAUUCUUAGCAUUUAAAGGCCACAAAAGUGUCUAAUGUUAAAGAUGCUGCCUGGCCUACAGGGUUCGGAAAAUCUUUUUUCCACAGAAAUAGUCUAACAUUUGCUGGACAAGUUCUUGGUAUUUUACUGAUUUAACAAAAAGGCCAGUCCUGCUAGUUGUUCAGCUACCACAAGGAAUGGGACUUGAGGGCUCUUAGCACCUUCUACAAUGUGUUAAGCACCUGAUUGGUACUAUUACAAGUUAAGAGGUUUUAAAUGCUGGAGAAAGUGGUCAGUGUGAACUACACACUUUAUCUCUAGCUUGCUUGCUAGCAUAUAUAUACCUGCCCCUGGAAAUUUCCGCUACAUGCAUCUGAGGAAGUGGGUAUUCACCCACAAAAGCUCAUGCUCCAAAACAUCUGUUAGUCUAUAAGGUGCCACAGGAUUCUUUGCUGCUUUUACACUUUACAAGUAAUACUAGCUGUUCCCUUAUGACUGAGGGUGGCACCAUGUUAUUUUAUUAUAGCAACUUGCUCACAAUGUAGUAAAGGUUCUGGAAGUUUUAAGUUACAAAUAAUUAUUUUGAAAAUAUUUGUCCCACAGCCCAGCAGAGAAUUUUAACUCCUCAAUCCCCUCUCUCUGAUACAGGUUGAAUUUAAUUAGCCAUGGUCCUUCUGAUUUCCCUUUGUUUCUUCCUGUCAAGAAACUCAAAGCAUGUUCUUUACAACUGUCUCUCACAUAGCUGCAAAUGGGUUAAAUAUCGUCAAUUGCUUGGUACACCAC